CAUACAACUACACGUUUACGCCAAAUCAAAAAACCCCUCGAGAACCAGGAUUUGAGUCUCGACGCAAAUAUUCGCUAAGCUGAAGACUGAAUCGCUAAAAGCCACAGCCGCGGCUCUUCCGACCGUCCUACCAUUCAGCACAUUUCUCAACGCCCCGAUAAAAUAACUCGUCUGCUCCCUUUUGGGUUUUGACGCCCUGCCCAUCAUCAUCAAUUCAUCAUCCUAAUCGUCUUCAUCCACCACUAGCCUCUGCCCAUUCCGCUUCACCCAUAACCCUUUUGCCCUCUCGUUUCCAAUCCCAAUUCCUCUCCAUUUGGAAAAACGCCAGCUUUCUUCCCAUUUCAGGCGAAGACUCGGGGGUGUCGCAGAACCAUGGUUCAAAUCAAAGAAUUUCGUAUUGUGAUGCCCAUGUCCGUGGAAGAGUAUCAGGUGGCUCAGAUGUAUAUGGUGAUGAGGAUGCAGCAGCAGAACACAAACGGCUCCGAGGGUGUUGAAGUGCUGGAGAACAGGCCCGUUGUUGAUGAUCAAAUGGGCAAGUCCCAGUACACUUCUAAACUCUAUCGAUUCCAGAGCAAAGCACCUACUUGGCUUAAAGCUUUUGCAUCAUUGGAGUCCCUGAUCAUGCAAGAAGAGGCCUGGAAUUCAUAUCCGAGAUGCAAAACAGAAUCCAAUUUGUUUGAAUUCCUGCAGUGCCCAUACUUCAGCAAGUUUUGCCUCACUGUGGAUACAAUUCAUAAAGCUGACAAUGGAGAUUCAGAAAAUGUGCACGGUUUAACCAAAGAACAACUAGCCGCAAGAGAGGUUGAGAUUAUUGAUAUAGCUUCAGCAGCCAACGAUUAUUGGAGUUACAUUGUUGGUAGCAACACUACAGAUUUCACUAAAUUCAAGUCGACAAGAACUGGCCGUGGUCCUCUUUUGGAGGGAUGGCAGAAGAGUAGUAACCCUGUGAUGACAGCAUAUAAGUUGGUAAUAGUGGAUGCCCCGUACUGGGGUUUCGGUUACAGGCUUGAACAAGCCUUAAUCGCGGGGGAAAGGGCUCUGUUCUUGGAGAGCCAUCGAAACUGCUUUUCGUGGAUCGAUGAAUGGUUUGGGAUGACGAUGCAAGAAAUACGCCAACUCGAACUAAAGAGUGAUUCUGCACUGAACCAGAAACUUAUGGUGGAGGCUGGCCAUAGAUGGUCCGAUGAGGACGAAGACGUUCAGAGCAACAGGUUGCCACUGAAAUCCGAGGAACACAAGCUAGCUGUUGAUGCUUGAGAGCAGCUAGAGUAUCGCGAAAGACGUCUUAAUUGUUUAUCACUGUACCAUAAAAUGUAUAGGAAAGGAACAUCGCUCAUUUUGCUUGAGAAAUCACUAGGAAAUGAAAGUUCAGGUUUGCAAUUAUUUAUGAGAAGACUCUGGCUUUCUUUCUAGAUAUGUCAACUGAAAGGGUAUAGCUUGUGUUCUGGAAAGUUUUCUUUGGUUGAAACUGCCUGGCAAAAGUUGACCCUACUUGUCACCUAAAUUGCGCGUCAAUAUUUGUCUCAU